CGCCUCAGAUGCAGCCUGUCAGUGUUGAUUAUACCAUCAACACCGAUUAUUAUUUUUUAUUUUUGUGCAUCUUGGUCAUUGAUCACAGCUGUAACAGAGGAUGACGCACGAGUCGCUCCUCUGAGGCGAUUCUAUCACCACAUGGCGGGAACGAGUGGAAUCUGGGGUGACUGGUCCUGAUGCUGCAGCAUCGUCUCCCCCCCCAGUGUCUGCAAACGCAUCUGCUUUAUAGACGCCGACGGAUAAACAAAACAGUCCGAGACUCAUCUGGUGACGAGGUGCAUUGAUUUACCAACCGGUGCGCGCUUGUGUUCAGCACCAUGGAGAGCAAUAUAUACCUUGAGCAGGAAACAAGACGCACAGUGACGUACGCGGACAUGACAAGUCUGUGUGGAAGUUUGGACCAAAUGAAACCGUUUUCCUCAGACGGAUUUCUUGGGGAAAGGUGCAGAGAUGACUGAUGAUCUGUGUCAAAAAGAGACAUGAACAUUGUCAGACUUUAUUGCAGAGCCAACGGGGCGUUUGCUCCCUUUUUUGUCUUUUGUGUAUUUGGAGUGAAAGUGCAAAACUUCUGCUUCAUUGCUGGACUUUUAUUGAUACGUGUUGAUUGUGAGGGAUUGAAGAAAAAAAGGAGCAGUUUCGAUCUGUUGAUAUUUCCACGUGGUGGAAAGGUUAACGCGGGUCCACAGGGAAAAUAAUAAUGUAAUUCAGAUCAACAACACAGGUGAUUCACAAAGUGUUUUUGUUCCAUCACACUUGAAUGGGUGUAAGUGUCAAGUCAAUUUCCGAUUGGGCGGGUGGUUUCCGACGUACAUGUCAGACAUAUGCGCGAAGUGGGCGGGUGUCGACGUGUUUUGGGAGGGGGGGGGCAUAGGGGAGCGCUUCAGUGUGUGGAUACGCACAGAUCGGUGAUGAUUAGAAGAGAUGCCAAGUGGCGUCGGCCUCAGCGCUCCAGAGCUGCGCGCCUUUGGCUGAGGGAGGCGUGGCGCGCGCUCUGCCCCCUCCGAGACCCACAACCACCUGUAUGGAUGAGCGGACCUCCGGCGUGAGCCAGUCGCCCUCGUCUGCCGGGCACGUCAGGGGCAGCAGCGCGGCCGAUGGCCGGGGUUAUGCCGAGGCGGAGAAGCGGGGCGUCAUGACGGUGGAGAACAUGCUGGACGAGCCCGCCGCGCUCCCCGCGCCUCACCUGGCGGCGGACCGGUACGUGCGCGGCCACCCGGGAUGCUGCGAGCGGCUGGUGAUCAACAUUUCGGGCUUGCGUUUCGAGACGCAGCUCAAAACUUUCGACCAGUUCCCGGACACGCUGCUCGGGGACCCCAGGAAGAGGAUGCGCUACUUUGACCCCCUGAGGAACGAGUACUUCUUCGACAGGAACAGACCGAGCUUUGACGCCAUCCUCUACUACUACCAGUCAGGGGGGCGCAUACGGAGACCUGUUAACGUGCCCAUUGAUAUUUUCUCCGAGGAGAUCAGGUUCUAUCAACUCGGGGCGGGGGCCAUGGAGAAGUUCCGAGAGGACGAGGGCUUUAUAAAAGAGGACGAGCGCGUUCUGCCCAAGCGCGAGUUCCAAAAGCAGGUUUGGCUUUUGUUCGAGUAUCCCGAAAGCUCCGGGCCGGCGAGAGGGAUCGCCAUCGUCUCGGUGCUCGUCAUUUUGAUUUCAAUUGUCAUUUUCUGCAUGGAGACUCUGCCGGAGUUUCGGGAUGUGCGAGACCGAGCCACGGUGGCGCCCGCGGUCAAUGGCACUGCCCCCUACGCGCCGAGCCCGUUCACGGACCCCUUCUUUGUGAUCGAGACUCUGUGCAUCAUUUGGUUUUCUUUCGAGUUGCUGGUGAGGUUCUUCGCCUGCCCCAGCAAGACCACCUUCUCCAAAAACAUCAUGAACAUCAUCGACAUCGUCGCGAUAAUCCCCUACUUCAUCACCCUGGGCACGGACCUGGCCGAGAGGCAGACCAACAGCAGCGGCCAGCAGGCAAUGUCCCUCGCCAUCCUGCGGGUGAUCCGACUGGUGCGCGUCUUUCGCAUCUUCAAGCUCUCGCGACACUCGAAGGGCCUUCAGAUUCUGGGACAGACCCUCAAGGCCAGCAUGCGGGAGCUCGGUCUGCUCAUCUUCUUCCUGUUCAUCGGAGUCAUCCUCUUCUCCAGCGCGGUCUACUUCGCCGAGGCGGACGACCCCUCGUCCAGCUUCACCAGCAUCCCAGACGCGUUCUGGUGGGCGGUCGUCACCAUGACCACGGUCGGAUACGGGGACAUGCAUCCGGUGACCAUCGGGGGCAAAAUAGUGGGGUCCUUGUGCGCGAUAGCGGGCGUGCUCACCAUUGCCUUGCCCGUGCCGGUGAUUGUGUCCAAUUUCAACUACUUCUACCACCGGGAGACCGAGGGAGAGGAGCCGCCGCUCUACGCGAGCUCGGGCAGCUGCGAGCACCUGGAGCACCUGGAGCACCUGGAGCACCUGGAGCACCUGGAGCACCUGGAACACCUGGAACACCUGGAGCACCUGGAGCACCUGGAGCACCUGCCCCCGGAGGUGCUGAGGCGGUCCUGCAGCUCCUCGUCGCUCAGCAAGUCCGAGUACAUGGUGAUCGAGGAGGGCAUCAACAGUGCGUUCGGGCAGCCCAACUUCACCACCGAGAAAAACCAGAACUGCGUGAACAUCAAAAAGAUCUUCACGGACGUGUAAAAAAAGACAGAAAGGAAAAAGAACAUGCUAUAUACUGAUAUUAUUAUUUUUUAUAUAUAUAAUCGUACAUCAGUUCCAUGUCUGUGGAUAAACGCAGCACAUCUGUCUUAACAAGCAACUUCAAUUUUACGCAAAUGAGAAAUUCCCAUUCUGCUUACUCGCCAGUGUAGAUUCACAUGUUUUUAAGUAUUUCUAAGAAAUCGACGAGUAUUAAUGUGACACACACACACGCACAAAAAAAAAUGAGGCACUGGAAAAGUAUUCAUUUCGUUCCAAUUAAGCUGGUGUCAGAAAUAAAUACAUUUAACGACCAAUAAGCUGCUUGUUAAAACAGAUAUGUAUUUAUUUUUUUUCGAACAUGAUGCCUGAUACAUAUCUCGAUGUUGUUGUCGUUCAUCACUGGGAUACACGUGUAGCAUAUACACAGUCCACUAUACUGCGUCUAUACCCAGAGUCAAAAACAACAUCUUGUGCUUCGUGGAAAGAAAAGUUUCAUUGUCCAGUGAUGUGACGAAUAUAGACUAAGUGGGAAUUUCCAUGGCCAAAUGCAAUAUAUCAUAACCUGUCGACGUGUUGGACUCUUGCGUCUUGUGCAGAUUGUCAUUCCGGUAAUAAACCUCAGAGUGGUGUGUGGACGGUGACACUUUAUCAUGGAUUAUACAUCGAGUUUUACGAACAAUUGUAUUUUUUAUUCAGAAACUGCCUAUACAAAUAUAUAUAGUCUAUCUUUAAUAAAAAUGAGAGUGAAGUGA